UCGUAACCACCUCAUGCACAUUCCCCUGUUUGAAAGCUGAAUGUGUUCCCUUCAUAGUAGGAACUUCUUGGGGUUCAGAUUGAUAAUCUCUGAACUUGAGGUCUAGCUGAAGUGACAAAAAAGAGCGUUAAUAACUUGGUUCAUGUCAAGAGUUUGACAUUCCUUAACCCACGGUAACCCACUAUAAAUAUAUAUGAUCGAUGUACUUUUCUUCUUCAUAAUUCGACACUUUUCGAAGCACCAUUGGUUCUAUUUCGUCAAACAACAAUUCAUAAUUUCUAGCCUACUGCAAAGGUAAUGGGAAAUGAGAGAAUCCAUUCGCCAAAAGUAUUAAGAGAAACAGGAUGCAUUCAUAUUCUAGUGAAUCCAAUAAACUAUGCUUUCUUCAUGAAGGUGAUUGUAUUUUCUUUUUUCUUUCUUUUUCUUUUUGAGUCGAACCACGAAUCUACAAAAUCUGGGGAGGAGAAGGAGGUGGUGGUGGACUCUUCUUCUUCUUCUAUAAGUUCAGAAAAUUGUGGAGUACUAAAUGUAGCAAGUGCUGUCCAAGAUUCUACUUGUUCAGACGCUGGAGGAGGGGGAUCAGGAGCAACGGAUCCAGCAGCUUCAACAACUGACGACCCAGAUGCAGCUGAUUCACCUUCCACACCAGACCCUGCUUUAGCUUCUUCUGCUAUAAUAUCACUUGAAGAUACUGCAACAACAGCUGCGAGGAGACCUUCACGGCCACCUAUUAACUCAGGAAGGGGCCCUCAGACUAACUGAUCCAACCCUCUCUUCAGCGGUGUUACGCUCACCGCUCAUCUUUUACUGCUCACAUUCACCUUUCAAUCUCACCGUCCAUCUCGGCAAUCAACGGUCUCUACGGUGAGAUUGAGACCGAUGGGAGAGCGGUAAAAGAUGAGCGGUGAGCGUAGACUUUUUGCUCUUACUUACAGCCCAUAAUUUGAUUGAAUUAUGGUUGUUGUCCAUGUUAAUAACUACACAUGAACUCUCUCUAUGUCUCAUUUUGUUUGCUUUCUACGAAAGACUGUGCAUGCCAUUUUGAACUCCGAAAAUAAAUCACUUCUCAAAAUAAUUUUUUGAAUUUUUUUUACAUUAUUCAAAAUAUCUCGAGUAUUUUGAAUGCUUUCAAAAAGUUCGAAAAAAUAUUCUUGCAAGCAUCUUAUUUUUCAAGGUCAAAAUGACACGAUUUUACGCAACAAGCAUACAAAAAGGGGUCGGAAGGAGCGAUACAUCUCCUGAAUGUUGGUUUUGAUGUUGUUUGUUUAUUUGUGGUUUUCUUUUUUUCUUUGGCUUCAACUUCCCAUUUGACACAGAGAGACUAGGACUUGUGUGAUAUGCCAAGGCAUGUGUUUAGAAAGAACUCUGGAUAUGUGAAUUCUGAAUGCAAAUUUUGAAGCCAAGCUUGUUUAUUUGCU